UACCCCCCCCCCCUCUUCCCCUCCGCGCUUCUCCCGGGCAUUUACGCGAGUUUCGUAUAUCGAGGAAGUAGGUACACCUUUGCGAUGGCAAGAUUGACGGCACCGAUAACACACGACACUUGACCCGAAUUUGGCUUGCCUCGCGCCGCACUUCGGCCGGUGACUUGCGCCUAAUUGGAAGCAGCUUGCACCAGUUAUUUGGGGCGCGGGGCGCGGUCCUUUGGGCACCGUGUCCAGGCUGCCCGAUAAGACCCCCGUUCGCCUUUGCCUUAAACCCCACCCGCGGGCCCCGGGCUCUCUGCUCACUCGCGGAUCAGUCGCCUCGUUUGCCUGACGCGGGUGAGACGGCGAGCUAUCUCUCGCACCACCAGUAUCGCGCUAUCAAUUUAAUGUCGUUUCUCUCGGAACAAAGAGUUUUCUUGAUGUAAGUGCCCCCUGCCCUCCGGAGCUGUUUUAUCCCCCCCACAAAGUACAGUACUUUAUGGUCAGCCCGACAGAGCCACAUCAAGCAGACGAGUAGCUCUGGUUAGUCUCCGCAGUGACUUAUACCGGACUGGGCGCCGGGCGCCGCAUCGCCGCGUCGUCUGCAGAGCCACUGAUAACCUUGCCAGUGAACUGCAUGUGUGUGAAGGCGGCCAACAUGGGCCCGAGGGACGUUUGCGGCCUGCCCUCGCCCCCGCCCCCCGCAUACACCACCAAGUCCUCGGGGACCGUGACCCCCGACGGGAUGGUGGUGCUGGUGGACGUCGCGAGCGUCCCGCCGCCGCCGGUGCCGUCGCCGACCGCGACCCGCGUCCACGCGACGCUCGCGGACGGCAGCUGCUACUGCUCCGCCACAGACGACGGCGACAGCAGCAACUCCUCCGGGACGGGCAGCGUCUGGACCAACUUCUCAGACGGCUGCCGGGGCUGCCGGUCGUCCAUCGGGAACAUUACUCUGGCCAACUCCACCGCCCAGAUCGGCAGCGUCAUGAACUACAUCACCGUCCUGGUGCCGGAUGAAGCCGCAGCCACGAAGACGGGCGGUGACCGAGACCUCGCGGGCGUGGCCCUCCAGGCCGCCACCCUGGCUGCCAAGGAAAAGCUCAGCUGCCUGCACCCGAAUGAGGACAAGGAACUUCCGAGCAGCCUCACGGCAUCACAAACCCUCGCCAUGCGGCGCCAUCUCCGGUGGCCGUGCGUCGCCGUACCCAUCGCGCUGUUGGCCGCGAUCCUCGUCGUCUACUUUAUGGUGCUCAUCCAGCACCAGUCGGAGGACGCCGUCCCCGGGCCCGUGACGCUGCCCAACGGAGUGACGCUGGCCGGCAGGGAGGUGUGGCACGCCCAGCCGCCGCGGAAGAGGAUGCCGCGGCUCUUCACGCCGGUCAAGUACGUGGUCGUGCACCACACCGCCACGGACCACUGCUUCCACCUCGAGCACUGCGCCAACAUGGUGCGCGCCUUCCAGCAGUACCACCAGGACGCCCUGGGCAGGGACUGGGACGACAUCGGCUACAACUACCUGGUCGGCGGGGACGGGGUCGUGUACGAGGGCCGCGGCUGGGACUGGGUGGGCGCCCACUUCGAGUUGACGGAGUGGGGCAACAAGACCAUGAACAUCGCCCUCAUCGGGAACUUCGUGAACGCGGUGCCGCCGGCCUUCCAGCGGGACCAGCUACGCAAGUUCAUCGCGUGGGGCGUGGAGAUGGGCAAGAUACGGCGCGACUACCAGCUGAUGGGGGCGUGCCAGAUCAAGGACACCCAGAGCCCCGGACUGCGCUUCAUGGAUGACCUGAGGACGUGGACGCACUGGUGGAACUUCGUCGAGAAGCCCACGUACUGCACGCAAUGAGUUUGAGAGACAAAAAUGACUGAGAAAAGAGAUCUGUGUUUGAAAUAAAUCUUGUGAGUGUAGUUUAA